AUGGAGCACGAAGAUGCGUUGGUUGAGUUUAUGAGAAAUUUUGUUACAAGGGAGAUAUCUAAUGAUAUAGAAUAUUCAGAUAAAGUGGAGGAUGGAAAAAUAGAAAUGAGAUGGGUACUUCUGCCAAGAAAUCAUCCAUUAUUUCUGCUAGAUCCUCUGGAAAGCAACCUCAAACGUAUCUUCAGGGAAGAGGAAUGGCGCAGCUUAGGUAUAAAAAUGUCCCUUGGAUGGCAUCACUGCGGAUUUUCACCAUUUGAACCGAAUAUUUUGAUUUUUCAAAGAAAAAGGACGUAG